UGACCAUACUGAACACAUUAUUGUCAAAAAUUUACUUCGUCAGAAAAAUCCAACUGGACGUAUAAAAUAUGCUACAAGUACUGCUAACCAAGGAGACAAUAAUGAAAAUAAAAAUACAUAUCCGACACUUAACCUUUUUACUUUUGAUAUUGCAAAAAUAGUAAACGGACAAUCAAAACAUCCUUUAAAUGGUGUUACGUCUAUUGUCAAUAUAGCUGGUAGUGAGUCUAACACAUAUUGUGAUAUGGGAUUUUGA